CUACUAUAUAACAAAUAAUUUGAGUAGCAGGUGAUGUCACAUUGGUUUCAUCGGAACUGUUUGAAGGCUACAGGACCACUGGAUACCAAACAUCUCACUCCAGUUCUCACAUCCCAGAAAGCUAAUCAGAUAGUCAAUGAGUUGAAACAGAAGCGAGCACAGCUGGUCUCCAAGAUGGGGGACCUGCUGUCCGACCCCCGCUCUACCCCCGUUAUUGAGGAGUAUUUGCCUCUGGUACGGGGCUUUGCUCAGUCAGUUACUGACGCAGCCAGCCCUUUACAACAUCUCCUCAAGUUCCGGUGGACUCAGUCUUUGGGAGGCAGAAAUCCUGAGGUACAAAAUGACGCAGUUUUUGAAAUAGCUAACGUGUGCGUUAACAUUGGGAUAUGGUACAUGAAACGUGCUGCUAAGGUCGCCAGCUCCAACAAUUACGCAGAGGCCGAGGCGAAAGAAGUUCACACAUGUUUGAGAACUGCUGCAGGGAUUUUUGAAUAUGUCUUGGACAAAGUGUCGCCUCAUCUAGACAGCACUAAGGUUGAGGACUGGCACGAUUGUACUGUUCCAAUACUGACCGCGUACAAACUGGAGUGCACGGCUGAAGCGCAGGAGGUGACAGUUGCACGUGCUAUCGAGCUGAAGCACAAGCCUGACCUUAUAUCUGCUUUAGCGCAUGAAACUAGUAAGUUGUUUAGUGAUGCUGAUAUAGCCCUGCGUGAAUGCGACGUUGAGUUUGUGACCAAGUGGCGUAGAUAUCUCCAAGUAAAGAUCAAGUUCUACGCUGCGUACGCACGCUCCUUCCAGGGUGAACAUCUUCUAACUCUCGACAAAUGUGGUGAAUCCAUCAAAACUCUCAAAGAGGCUCAGAACUUAUACAAGGAAGCUCAGGGACUUUGCAAACAGUACGAACACGCUCCGGGUAACUCAGUUGGAGAAGUCCGGCCAGCCAGACAUCCUUUCUUUCAGAAACUAGGCCCCUGCAUAGAUCUCAGACUACAGAAAAGUGAACGGGAAAAUGGCUUCAUAUACUACCAGAAAAUUCCAGAGGAGUUGCCAGAACUUGAAUUAAAAGCAACAUUCGGUUUAGCGGCCCCCAUUCCUUUCGAAAUGCCUGCUGUACAUGCAAUCUACACUGAAGAGGCUUACAAAGAUUUCACUGUUCAAGAAACUGCUCCUCCUAAGAUUUCUGGAUCAGAUAAAGACGACUUACCGCCAGCCAAAGAGACAGAUAUCGGAGGAAACACUAAAAACAUCGACAACGACAGUGGUUGUGUGAUACAGUGAUUUGGAAAAGGGUCAGAGGCUGAGAAUGAACACUGAUGUCAGCCGUCAAUCAGUGCGUAAUUUUUACUAGGUCCUGUGUAAAUGAACUAUUAAGCAAGUUUCAGAUGAGCAUAUUUAUUAGGGAAGGUAGUAACAGCUAACUCCUAAUAGACGUUAGUCACUAAUGACGGACGUAGCCUCCCAAUAGGGAGGUAAAGUGGGUGCCCCAACAUUUUAAAAAAAAUAAAAGAAGCUAACUCCUAAAACUGGGGUCAUACAGAAAAUCAAAAAAGGCGCAGAAUAUUCUAAAUUUUGUUUACAGUCUGCUCACAUAUCGGUGCUUCAUUUCUCCAGCUGAAGUGGCGGUAAAGACAAAGUCCUGUGAUGAUGCUAUUUUUGAAAUAAUGAUUGUUAUCUUUAUCAUACAGUUAAUAUAUUAUACUGUGAUAUAGAUAUUGUCGGAUUAAGUUAACUUCUUGAACGUGAAGGUUAAUUGUUCCGACCAUUUAGUUCACUCUCGUAGCUUUUAUGGUACGUGCAUUGAGCAGCGCUGUACUUAUAUUGGAAAUCAUUUCAAGGAGUCUCAAUUUGAGAACUUAAUUUAGGGUUCAAGAAGAGAUAUUUUAUAUUUACGAAAAUUUUAAAGGUACAACGUUCAAAUGUUGGCAAUUAUAUUUGUAGCUGACAUUAUUACUUGAAAAGUUUGAAUUUACUGUCAAAAAUAUGGAAUUUCAGACUUUUGAUUCUUAGUUUAUUUUCGUUGAUUGUUUUACCUGUAAAAUUAAGAUCUUUGAGCGCUUCAUUUCUGGUGUGAACGAAAAUUGUGGUUUUAAGAUGACUUGAAAAAAUCUUUAAGUUCUGCUAGGCUACUGAUUGAUAUCUUAUGUUCUAUUGAAUUAAUUGACUAUAGCUGAAGUAGAUGUGAUUUUGUUAAGACAGAGAAAAUAUCUGUUUAUUUUGUUGCUGUUAAAAUGUUAAAAACGAUUUUGCAACAAUUUUUUGUUGCAUGUAAAAUACAGAUUAAUAAUGAAAAAAAAUUCAAUAUAUAAUGUAUAUGAUCAUUGAUCGUUCUGCAAAAUUACUAAAAAUAUCGAGAAUAUUGGGUCCAUACCUUCAUAGUCCACUAAUAUCACUAGAGCUAAAACUCACUUUUAGAUUUAAACUUUCGAAUAAACUUUUUGUAUUCAAUUAGUUCCUCUUCUUUUCCUGCGCACCCCGUCUGCUCUCGCCACAGAUGUACUUUGUUGCCCAAGUUGUCGCACCUCGCAGCAUAGUUUGAUGCCGCUACACAAGCCAUGUUCAGCCCAGAAACCUCGUCCACGUUGAAGUCCGACCUCAUGAAGUCUGCCACACAAGAAUUUUUGUAGAGUUUGGAAUCAACUUGGCUUAACCCAGAGGAACCGUAAGCACAAUUGGCAAGCUGCGGAGAUUCAAACAUUUUUUCGCAAGUUGAGAUAGCGUCGCCUUUUCGGUCCGCAAACUCUCUCCUCCACUUCCACUUCGGCAAAUCAGAAGACUUUGAGCACAAGUUUUCGCUGUCGACUCUCCAGCUGUCUCCAAAUCUCGCAGUGUUGGUAACCACUUUUGUUGUCCGUCUCAUCAUAAAGUCGUCCGUGGUGUCAUUGUUUGCAUUUCCACAAAGGCCACCAACUAUAGGGUAGUUGGACCCCAGUAGUAUUUGGGCACUCAUCAGGCCAUCCCAACGAAGUUCAUUGUGUGAGUCGAUAUCAAUGUUGUACUUGAUGACCAACCAAUCUCCUUCAAUGAACAUAAAUAUUUUCUCCUUCGUCUGAGUUGUUAGCGUCUCGAGACCUUCAAUUUCUACAUCUUUACCAUCAACCUUUACAGCCAUCCCUCUU